AUGCAGAUAGAUGAUAGUGGCGAGGAACCUAGUAGCAAGAUUAUGGCACCGUCGUCGGUUUCUCCUAGUAUCUCAGUUCUACUACAUCCUCUUGUGGUGAUGAAUAUUAGCGAUCAUUUUAUGCGAUUUCUAGCGCAAGAAUCUUCUGAAGAUAGCCAAAUUAUUGGAGCUUUGAUUGGUACUCAAAAAGGGCGCACAGUUGAAAUUAGUAAUUCAUACGAAUUGGAUUGCAAUUUUAAUACCGGCAAGCCGUUCUUGAACGUUGAUUAUUUCAAGGAUCGUGAGGAAAAGUUUCGUGAAUUAACUGAUGAAUUCAUGUUUAUUGGUUGGUACACUAUUGGAAGUUCGCCGAAUGAGACAGAUUUAAAUAUUCACCAACAAUUUUGCCAAAUUUAUGACAGCCCUCUCUUAUUAAAGUUGAAUCCGAACUGUAACUAUGCUACCAAUUUACCUGUGGCAAUUUUCGAAACAGUAGUCGAUGCUGUGGAUAAUCAGGCUAAAAUUUUAUUUUUAGAAAUACCGUAUACAUUAGCUACUGAAGACUCGGAGAGAAUCGGAGUCGAUCAUAUAGCUAAAACAUCAUAUUCUGAAACGACUAGCACUUCCUCAGCUGCUGAUAACUUGCUUGCUCAAUAUAAUGCAAUUAAGAUGUUGCACACACGUGUUAAACUGCUGACGGAUUAUGUCAAGGCUGUAAGAGCAGGGAAGCUAUCAUAUAAACAUGAAAUAUUGCGCGACAUUUCCAGCAUGUGCCAGAGACUACCCAUUGCCAAGAGUAAACAAUUUACUGUGGAAUCUGUAAACCAAUACAACGACGUCUUAUUAAUGGCUUGCUUAGCUGCUAUUACGCAAGGUUGCAAAAAUAGUGAUGAGUUUAUCACUAAAGCAAAUGACUUAUAUGAGGCCUCUGGUCAUCGUAUGCGUACCUUUUUCUACUGA